CUUAACUGUGGCCAUCGUGCCCGAGGACCGAUGUCUUUCCUGUUUGGCUCCACUAACGCUGUGUUGCUUGCAGGUUCCGUGAAGGCCGAGGAAUCGGAGGACCUUGAAGGACAGGACAAUGGAGAUGACGCGAAUGGCGGUUUCGCAGGCGAAGGACCCCCAGCGGCCACCCCGCAGCUCCGCAUCAGCAGCACCUUCUCCCUGGCCGGCCCGGCCGGCGAUGCGGGGCAGGCGGAGCAGGCUUGGCGGCAGACGCGCAGCAGGAAGGCGAGGCUGGACUCCAAGCUCGGGGAGUCCGGGAACAAGUCUCGGGACAAGGCGGCCCCGCGGAAGCACCGAGCAGGCAACUCCAAGGCGGGGCGACACGUGUGCCAAGUGUGCGGCAAGGACUGGCCAUCAGCUUCUAAGCUGGAGAUUCAUGCGAGGAAGCACACUGGAGUAAAACCCUACGAGUGUGAUGUGUGUGGGAAGAAGUUUACUCGGAAUGGAACUCUUGUUAGGCACAUGAGGGUCCACACUGGAGAGAAACCGUUCGAGUGUGAUGUGUGCGGGAAGAAGUUUUUGACGAAACAAAGUCUUGAUUGGCACCUCAGGAUCCACAACGGGGAGAAGCCCUUCGAGUGCCACGUGUGCAAGAAGAAGUUCACACAGAAGGGUAAUCUUGCUUCGCACAUGAGGGUUCACACUGGUGAAAAGCCUUACAAGUGUGAUGUGUGUGGAAUGAAGUUUUCGUGGCGAAAUUUUUUUUGCAGCACACAAGCGAAUGCACUCUGGGGAGAAACCGUAGAGUGUGACGUGUGUAAGGAAAAGUUCCCUUGGAAGGAAGGUCCUGACUUGCACAGGACGCUUCCCACUGGAGAGACGCCUUGGAUCCUUAACUGUGGCCGUCGUGCCCGAGGACCGGUGUCUUGCCCGUUUGGCUCCACUAACGCUGUGUUGCUUGCAGGUUCCGCGAAGGCAGAGAAGUUGGAGGGCCCAGAAGGACAGCACUGCGAAGAGGACGCGGACGGAAGCUGCCACGCCGAAGGACCCCCAGCGGCCACCCCGCAGCUCCGCAUCAGCAGCACCUUCUCCCUGGCCGGCCCGGCCGGCGAUGCGGGGCAGGCGGAGCAGGCUUGGCGGCAGACGCGCAGCAGGAAGGCGAGGCUGGACUCCAAGCUCGGGGAGUCCGGGAACAAGUCUCGGGACAAGGCGGCCCCGCGGAAGCACCGAGCAGGCAACUCAAAGGCGGGGCGACACGUGUGCCAAGUGUGCGGCAAGGACUGGCGUUACGCUUCAGAGCUGGAGACUCACGCGAGGAAGCACACCGGAGAGAAACCGUACGAGUGUGAUGUGUGCCGGAAGAAGUUUACCCAGGAUGGAACUCUUGAUAGGCACAUGAGGAUCCACAACGGGGAGAAGCCCUACGAGUGCGACGUGUGCAAGAAGAAGUUCACACAGAAGAGUAAUCUCGAUGCGCACAUGAGGGUUCACAGUGGUGAGAAGCCGUACGAAUGCGACGUGUGCAAGAAAAGGUUCCGUCAUAGAAGUCAUCGGGCUGGGCACAUGAGGGUGAUGCACACUGCUGUGACUCGUUAACAAUGCGAAAGCCAAUUUUUUUUUUUAAGAAAUUAGGAUUGCGCGUUCAUCUACGUGUAAUGGAAAGAUUCGCUAUUUUUGCUGUAAAUGUUUUUGUUUUGCAGGGGAGACAUGAGCAGUGUGUCCCCUGUCACUGGAAGCAAUUUCGAAACAGUUUUUGGUCACCUCAGUUUUGGAGUAUGAAACCCUUAGAAAACAUGUUGCGUAAUUAAUUCUUGUUUCUUAUCACUCAAAUUUUCCAAGCAUUAUCGGUCUAGAUGCUAUUUUUUAUCCUGCCCUUCUUUGUUGUUGUUCCUGGUCCAAUUUCCAGGCAACAGAUCAUUCUACAAGAAGCGAUGCGUUAAGGUGACGUGUCAGGUUAUGUUUCACUUGUCAAUGGCUCGCGUAAAGCCAAAGAAAUAUGUUUAAGUGUAGCUGUGUUUUUGAAUAAAGAGUUUCUUUGCAUUGGA